UUAAAUGGACAAAAUUAUCACAGUCAUAUGUUACUACAUAUAAGUUGGCAACUUUUAGUGUUUUUCAGUUUAUUGGUGAUAGUGUUUAUACCAACCACAUAUUCAGCACACAUACCAGUAUCAGCUGUCAAAGGGAGUAGUACAUCAUCACAUUCAGGAAUGAUAUCAUCAGUAGCAUCUGGUAGCAGCAAUAUAGUGGGCGCUGUUAGUGGUGGAUCUGAACAAGCAAUUAAUAAUAAUAAUAAGCCAUCAGCACGUUUUACAGACACUGUAUUAAAAUCAUCUAAUUUAAUAACGGGUCGACCAUAUUUUGAUGAUGUUGGACCACGUAAUGUAACAGCAAUUGUAGGUCAAUCAACGUUACUGAAAUGUCGAGUUAAGCAUGUUGGGAACCGCACGGUUUCAUGGAUGCGUAAACGAGAUCUGCAUAUAUUAACAUCAAGUAUAAUCACAUAUACCGGUGAUGCUAGAUUUAGUGUUAAACAUCCAAUGGACACAGACGAUUGGGAUUUAAAAAUUGAUUUUGUACAGAAACGUGAUGCUGGUGUAUAUGAAUGUCAAGUGAAUACAGAACCAAAAAUUAGUUUACCGAUUGUGCUCACUGUUGAAGAUGCUCAAGCCAAUAUAUGGGGUUCACAAGAAGUAUUCGUUAAAAAAGGCAGUACAAUAUCAUUAACAUGCUCAGUGAAUGUACAUUCUACACCACCAUCAUCAGUAUUAUGGUAUCAUGGACAUUCGGUCGUUGACUUUGAUUCGCCGCGUGGUGGUAUUAGUUUAGAAACAGAAAAAACUGAAGCUGGUACAACGAGUAAAUUGUUAGUUACAAAAGCUGCACUCACUGAUUCUGGUAAUUAUACGUGUGUACCAUCAAAUGCACAUGCAGCAUCUGUAUCGGUUCAUGUUUUAAAUGGUGAACAUCCCGCCGCAAUGCAAACCAGCAGUUCUGGCAUUCCAUCAACGCACAUUCUAUUCAUUUUAACAAUUAGUGUAUCCAUAUCCACAAUUUUACGAUCUGUCAUACAUAGGUGA